CUAAAGGUUGGGAGCGAGCAAAGAGAGAGCUGGGUAGAAAGGGCCGUUGCUUAUUGGCCUUUACGAGAAAGCGCCGCGUCCUUAUUGGCUGGCGCUGCUGCAGCUGGGGGUUCCGGACUUCGGAAGCGGGCGAAGGCGGAUGGCGUUGCUGGGGUCUCCGCUCCGCACUUUCCGUGGCCUGGCGCGCGAGUUCCGGUUGGCGCAAGGAGGGGCCGGAGGCUCCUUCCGGGACGUCCCUGCUUAUCGGUAUUUGAGGGAGGCCUUCCGCGCCCACAGGGUAACCAGUGAAAAAUUGUGCAGAGCCCAGCACGACCUACAUUUCCAGGCUGCUACCUAUCUCUGUCUUCUCCGUAGUGUCAGGAAGCACUUAACGCUACACAAAGAAUAUCAUGGAAAAGGAGAUCGGACGGCAGAGCAAGUGGCUGGACUUGUCGGCCUUAAACUACCACAGCAGCCUGGAGGGAAAGGAUGGGAAUGACAAAUAUUAAACUUCUAAAUCUUACUUCACAAAAAUUGAUAAUUAAUAUUUUUCAGCCCUAUUUGUUUAAAUAAAAUGUUUGCAUGCAAUACAAGAUUUCCAACUAGAUAUUUAUGUUACUGUAGUUUAAAAUAUAAUUAGAAGAAUUGCUUGCAAAAAGUUAUUUUGAUGCCUACUCAGUGUUUGAUUCUAACUUGAUAACAUUAUCAUAGUCAUGGAAUAAUGCAGACAAUUAGGUCUCUUAUUGGUAUUAUAUUGUCUGUCCCAGCAGGAUCUUUCCAAACCCCUUGAGUAAAAUGACCAAGGGCAUGCUGACCUCAAAUUUUGUCUUACUGAACAGAAUGAGAUUUAUUUAGAAAUAAAUAUGCAUAGACUUGUGA